AUGUAUACCGCCUCCGGAUUUUCAGAUCCCCUUGUCUCCGAUACCCCGCUGCCCUUCGACGAGCUAUGCACGCGCAUCAAUGACCGCAUAGUCACGUUUCUCGACGCGACAGAUGUGUCUGAUCGCGUCAAGAAUGUGCAGGAGCAGACGCGAACCUCGCUGAGGGUCAUAGGAGAGGCUCUGGAGAAGUACAGGCGGGGUCUUACGCAGACCCCAAAUCCCUCGUCCAGCAUCGAAACCGCCGUACAAUGCGUGUACAUACAGGACGCACAUCCCUUUCCCGAGGUCGAGGAGUUCGUCGCGCAUAGUAGCAAGAUAUAUUGGCUCGCCUUGCUAGAAUACGCGAAACCCAUGAAGGCUGCCUUCGCCGACUACUUGAAAGACACGCCAUCUGUCAAGGCGAUCCUGGUGGGGACACGGCGGACGGAUCCGCAUGGCCAACAUCUGAAGUUCUUUGACCCGACCGACUCCGGGUGGCCAGCCUUUGUGCGGAUACAUCCUGUCAUAGACUGGCACUAUGUGGAUAUAUGGACCGUACGCGCAAUACACACACUGUAUGAUAUGCUUACUGACUUCUUCAGUUUAUACGUUUCCUCAACAUACCUUACUGCUCACUAUACGACCGCGGAUAUACCUCGUUAG